AUCAAUAAUGUAAUCACCUUUGUUAUCAACAACCUUUUGCCAUCUAAUGUGCAAAUUUUCAAUGCCGGACCAAUAAAAAUCAAUUGGUUUUUGAGUAAAAUAUCUCGAGAUGGCAUUUUGGACAUCAUCCAAAUUUUCAAAUUUUUUGCCACUAAGAAAAUGUUGUAGCGAUCGGAAUAAAUGGAAAUCCGAGAGUGCGAUAUCGGGCGAGUAUGGUGGGUGAGGCAGUACCUCCCAUCCCAAUUCAUUAAUUUUUUCCAAGGUUCGUCUUGCACAGUGCGGUCUCUCAUUGUCGUGUUAUAGAAUAACGCCUUUUCUGUUGACAAUCGCCGGAUACUUUUCGAUUAAAAAUUGGUUCACUCGAUCCAAUUGUUCACAAUAAAGAUCUACAUUAACAGUUUGUCCAGGUUUCAGCACUUCAAAAUGAACAAUUCCAUGUAUACUCCACCAAACACACAGAAGCGUCUUUUUGGGAUGUAAAUCCGGCUUCGCAGUACUUCGUGGUGAUUCAUUUGGAGAGAGCCAAUGCCUUUUGCGUUUUGGAUAUAUAGGACCCAUUUUUCGUCUCCAGUGAUCAAGCGAUCAAAAAACGGUUCUGUAUGGUGCCGUUGAAGCAAUACGUUGCUUGUGAUGGAUCGGUUGGCUUUGUUCUCUUUGGACAGAUUAUGGGGGACCCAAACACCUGCUCUGCUUAUUUUUCCAAUCUGCUGCAAAUGUUCUUGGAUGGUCGACCAAGAUUGGUUAAAGGUGUUUGAGAGUUUCUCGAUUAUCUGACAUGGAUUUGCUUCCACUUCUGCCCUUAGCAUGUCUAAUGUUGUUGGUCUUCCUGAUCGGUAGGAGUCAGAGAGAUCAAAAUUACCGGAUCUGAACUUAGAGAACCAUCUCUGGCAUUUACGAACGUCUAAUGCACUUGGAUAAACAUCGCAAAUGUUUUUGAUCGCAACUGUUGCGUUACUACCGUUGCGAAACUCAAAAAGCAUACAAUGUCGGAUAUGCUCUUUUGGUAUUUGGCUGGUCAUUUCAUCCGAAAUUGCAAAAAAAAAUCUAAUAUUUAAUUAUUUAGAAGUGAACAAGUCACAAUAACUUUAAAAUGUCUUUGACACGACUUCGAAGUACACAAUGAGCUGACAAAUGACAAUCAAAUAUCGACAUGCGCAGAAACGACAUUACUUUCCGGUCCAGCUAAUAUAUUGGGUAAAGGGCAUACUGUUUGCACAGACAACUGAUAUACGAAUGUUGAUCUGGCAGAAAAGUUAAUAGGAAAGAAUACACAUUUAAUGGGUACACUACGGAAAAAUCGACGUGGAAAGUCAGUAGAAGUAAUAUCCAAAAAAUUAAAACGUGGAGAACUCAUUGCUCGCGAAAAUAAAUCCAGAAUAACAAUAUUAAAAUGGAAAGACAAGAGAGACGUAUUAAUGCUUUUAACGAAACAUUCGGCAGAAAUGACUACUGUACAUAAGAAAUUUUAUUCGUGUGAAAAACCAAAAAUGGUUGUGGAAUAUAAUCUAGGAAAAUCCUCAGUCGAUUUAUCAGACCAAAUGAUAGCUUAUAAUUCACCAAUACGCAAAACUUUAAAGUGGUAUAGAAAAUUAGCAACAGAACUGUUAUUGAAUACAUGUAUGAUAAAUUCAAUGAUAUUAUUCAGUCAGAUAACAAGAAAAGAUAUUCAAAUUUUCGACUUCAGAAUGAAAGUUGUAUUGUAUUUAACAAAAUGUUGUGAUAAAGAUGCUGAAGUUUCCAUUUCUCCACGUGAAAGCUUGCUGAGAAAACCAUGACAUGAAUUAAAAGCAAUGCCGGGAAAAGCUCGAACGGUGCGAAGUUUUGAAAAAUUUGUUACCAAAAAAAUUCAAAGAAGCUAGGAAGAAUAAUUGCAAAAAACUGUAGCAAAAAAGUCAUGACAUAUUGUAAAGAAUAUGCUGGUUCAUCCUUUCUUUAUUUAGAAUGUUUCAAUACGACACAUCUUAACAUCAAAACUACUUUCAGAUGUUUUAUACUGCAUUCAUUUCUUCACACUACUACAUUAACGAUGAUAAUAAUAAAAAAUUAUAAGUUUUGUCAUUUGUCUAAAUUUUUUAUUUUUUUUCAAUCUGGACACGCCGGUCACCGGUUGCCCCCAUGGCGUCACAGCCAAGUUAAGUGUCGGUCACCGAUGACCCCCGUGGCAUUCAACCUGUUAAUCUAGUCAUUUUCAUCUUCGCUAUGUCAACAGGAUCGGUCUGCGUCUUUAUUCACCAUUCAAGUUUAUUCUUUUUUCAAUUACUCUUAUCAUCGCAAGGAAAUGAACGUUCAAUUAGCAGAUCUGAAUAGUUUAUUGCUAACGAAAUUUAUUCAUACUACGACCAAUGUUCUAUCUGAGCGAGCAAGCAAAAGUCUGUUAACAGAAGCCUGUUAACUUAUCACUAAUAUACGAAGAAUCUUUUUCUAAGAAAAACAUACUCAUCUUCAUGGGAAAUCGAAAACAGAAAUGCAAUUAAAACAGGAAAUGGAGCUGGUCCCAAUUGCUGAUAUAUAAUACAGGUGAUGAUUAAUACUUGGACUGGAUAAAUCCACAUAUAAUGAAUACUGUAUAUUAUAUAUGAUCUAAUUUGUUAGUGUUAUUACCCAGGAUAUUAAACAUUUGAAAAAGUCAA